ACGUAUUUCAUCAUGACGAUGGUAAACCUAGUUGGCUUCACGUUCGCGCAGAUAAACUAACUCCACUAAGAUGCACUAGUCUCUUAUUAAUUUCAACGAAUUAAAAUGUCUGUCCCACCUGGAUCCAUCAUCGUGUCGGACUGGCACCGCUGUCCAGACAGCAGAGAGUUUUUCAGCCGAAUACUGCAUAAGAAGAGACGGCGAAAGUUUGGGCUCUUGGAAGCACCAAUGAUGCCUCCUCAAAUGAACGUGGACAUUGUUCGCUACAAGGUCUUCAUCUCAGGGAAAACUGGAGUUGGGAAAACCGCUCUUGCUGCCCGUCUCGCUGGCCUUGAUCUACCCAAAAUGCACUAUGAGACCACAGGCAUAGAGACAACAGUGGUAUUCUGGCCUGUAAGAUUAAAGGAGAGUGGCCGUGUGCUGUUUUUCCGCUUUGAGCUUUGGGAUUGUGGGGAAAGUGCAAUACGAAGAUUUGACCACAUGUUACCGUCCUGUAAGGAACAGGUGGAUGCAAUCCUUUUCCUGUUCUCCUUUACUGAUCGUGGCUCCUUUGAUGAUCUUUCAAAUCAGAUAUCACGGAUCACAGAAUCUUCAGAUAGAGUCGUUAAACUGGUUGUUGGCACUAAAUUUGACUUAUUUAUGCACACAGACGUGACGGAGAGCGACAUAACACAUUUUCAAGAGGUGUGGGGUCUUCCGGUCUUCCGAGUGGGAGGUGAUGUGAGUGCAGGUCUUGGUGAAGUAGCACCCCUCCUAAAUGCCCUUGCAGAAAACCUGUGGCACCAGGACUGCAUGGCUGCUUCAUCUGUGUCCAUCUCCACACAGCCUGCUCUCAGAGAAACAGACUCAGAGAUCAUUGUAUAGCUUGUAUGUGUGUUAUGGUUCAAUCUCACAUGGAUUGGUCAUUCAUUGAUGGAA